GCUGUUUUGUAAUUCUGCAACGUUGCUAAAUCUAUUAAACUAGAAAAAAGGAAAAAAUUCAACUUAUUUUCAAAGUGAUCUGAAGAGGUUUUAAUAUAAUCUCCCUCGUUCAAAAAGUAUUUAUUAAUUGUUGACUUUGUGUAGAACAUCGAAAUAAUGGCAGAUACAAGCAAAACACGCAUGAAUUUAGCGGCCAUAAAAAAGGUUGAUCCCUAUGCCAAGGACAUAGUGGAUACAUCAUCACAUGUGGCAUUCUACAUUUUCAAUUCAGAACAAAACGAAUGGGAAAAAACCGAUGUCGAGGGAGCCUUCUUCAUAUUCAGCCGCAAUGCUCAACCAUUUCACAGUAUUUUCAUAAACAAUCGUCUAAACACGACAUCGUUCGUCGAGCCAAUUACCAGCCACUUGGAAUUGCAGGCACAGGCACCAUUUUUGCUCUACCGCAACGAAAGAUCACGCAUCAGAGGUUUUUGGUUUUACAACAGUUUGGAGUGCGACCGUAUUAGUAAAUUGGUUAGUGAGCUGGUACAGACAGCAGGUGGAUCGGGCGAAUGUGUCAUAACUGCGGACAACUCCACACAAGUGAACGAUGCUAAAGAAAACAACAAUGUGAAUAUAUUUAAAAUGUUAUCAAAUGCUCAGCAAGAAUUCAACAACAGUAAUCAGCAACAAAACAAUAAAAAUUCCACUACUCCAAACAAUAUUAACAGUGGCUUGAUGUCACAACACACACCAACACAGAAUAUAGCUUCGGGUAAUGUUUUGAAAUUCUUCGAAUCGGCCAAACCAACAGCAGAAGUGUCAAGCUAUACACCACGUAUAUUGCCCAACACAUUGUCGGUGGAACAAUUGGAGAAACAGCAGCGUGAUAUUGCACCAAAUUCCCUACAGUCCAUAAGUAGCGGAAGCGGUGCAACAGUUGAUGAAGGCAACAGUUCUAUGUACCACAAUCAGACAGAAAAUUUGACAAAUCGUUUGUCUUGUUCAUUGCUGGAAAGUGCCACUUUGGAGUCGUCAAAUUCCAUGUUUAAUAAACCUGUGCCAAGGCCAGGCAGUGGUUCUUUGGAUAUGAAGCCUAUUAUAUCCCGAGGACCAGACUUUGGUUUCGCAAAAGCUUUAACAGCGGCAACAUGUACAACUGGCCAGUUGCCAGGAGAACAAAUUUCUUUAAGCAAAAUAUUUUCCAAUCUAAAUUUACAACAGAGCCUGUCUCAGUCGAGUUCAGCCAUGUCCGGUGGAGGAGCCAGUGGCGAGGUGGUAAACAAGCCGGCCCUUAUGCCACCUACAAUGUUCGAUAAGCCAGCUGCGGCCUCAUCGAUGGAGCCCUUGAAAAUCUCUUCAAUGAGUCUCAAGCAAGAGCCCCUAAAUAAAUUUCAGUUUGUACAGGCGUUUAACUAUUUAAUACAAAACGACGAUGAUUUUGUGCAGAAAUUACACGAAGCUUAUCUCAAGACAGUUUCCAAAUUUGGCACAUAUCAAUAAACCAGUAAUAAAAUAUACAUAUGUAUACAAAUAAUGAUAAAAUAGAAAAUAAUCAAAAGGAUACAAAAAUCAAUUUUAUGUUAUCACACAGAUAAAAGAAAAUACUACAAUAUAUGUAUAUCCUAUAUAAACACACUAUCGAAUAUUCCAAUCUUAAAAGCUAAAACAAAAUGAGAAUGUUUUUAUUUUAAUUCAGUUUUAUUAAAUGUUAACAUGCUGUAUUGUUUUUAUGUA